AUGUACGAGAGUGAAGACGAAGACAUAUGCCCAGUGUGCGAGGGCGAAUGUACAUGCAACAAUAUUACCGAGUCCGUCACCGCAUACAGCUUUGAAGAAUUCAACCGCCAGCAACAGCAAUCCAAGGUGGCCUCGACCUCAGCUGCUGCCCGUCAAAAAUUACGCCGGCGCUUCCCAAAGGAUUCAGACCCUCUUCGUCAAAGGGCCUUGGUCGUCCCUCGUCUCCAGUCCUUGAAGCUCAAAAUCCCUUCCCAGUCUAAGCACGAUGCGGAACACACACUCUCCGACUCUUCCAACUCUACUAUCGACGCACCCUCUGGUCCUCAACUCGCACGAUUUAAUCUCUCAAAACAUCCUAAUGGUGGAGCCUCUGGUUCUGUUACACCUCGACAUGCACUCGACGACCGAAUAUCGCCUACCAAUGCACCGGGCAAGGUGAUCCCACCAAAAGUGAUUGCCAAAUCAAAAGGUAAAGGCAAGCAACCUAUCGAACGCAAACCCGCACCCGUAACGAAAAAAGCAACAUCCACAACCGUCAAGAAAUCUACUGCCACUAAUACUAAAAAGCCUACCCUCGUUAAUUCCAAGAAACGAAAACUUGGUCGACCUCACAAGAAGCGCGUACGGGAAACGACGAGCGAGUCGAGUCUGAGCGACUUUGACGACUUUGACGAAGAUGAUUUCGUUCCGUUCCGUAGCUCUGGACAGACGCAUCAAAAACAGGCGGUUAACGGUCCUGUCUCUGAUUUCCCGACUUUUGUUAGCGCAAGCGUGUUUGGGGAUUCCGAAGAUGAGGUGGUUCUACCAGCUCGGAUUCAGAAACAACGGGAUUAUUAUUAA